CUAUUAUUUUCACUAUAUGGCCCAUAUUUUUGUUUUACAGCAUCCACUGAUUUAUGUAUUUUGGACGGUUAUCUUGAUAAACCAAUAAUAAUUAAAUGUGCUCCCGUUAUUCGCUCAAUAGUGGAAUAUACACAUCGAUAUUCCUCCUAAAGCUGACUGCUAUCCGAAUAUAGGAGCAUUUUCAUAUAACCUGUGACUUUCUUAAAUUAGCAAAUAAAUAACAAAGCCUUUUCGCCUCCGGUUGGUGCUGUAACCCGCCAUCCACGCCCAUACCGUACAACGUUGUAUUAGACAGGAUACCAUUAGGCACUGUGGUGAGUGCGGUUCGAAGAAAGUGGAGAACUGGAGAGAAAGAAAGAGGGAGCGAUUGGGAUGCUACAAUAACAGACAGACAGAACGAGAGGACACCACACAACGUGUUUGUUGGGCAACACGGGGAGAGAAGAGAGGACAAAAUAGCCGAACCGAGAGAGAAGAGCGCGAGUGGCGGUCUGGGUUUGGCAACCGGCUUGUUCGUAGUUCCCUCGAGCCAGCUGCAGCAGGCAGCACCGUGCAAAAUGCGCUAUAUACGGUUCUUCAUUCCUGCGUUCGGUUCGACAAUGGACUCGUUCUGCAAAUGAGCCUGCCAACCUUGCAGCACACCGCGGACGGUAACCUACCCAUUUGAAUUUGAGGGAACGCUGACUGCAACAUGCAGUAAAAACAACACACUGAUAUGUUUUUUUACACGAUACAGUGAAGGGGUGUCCCCCACCGCCGUUAUUCUCUUUCCACAUACCGGUUUUGGAUUAUAAAUCCGGGAUUAGAAGAAGUUCGGUCGAGAUGGGGAAGGAACAAGAACUACUAGAAGCGGCCCGGACCGGGAAUGUGGUCCUGGUGGAGAAAUUACUGAGUGGGAAAAGGGGAAUCCUGGGGACAGCCUCGGGCUCCAUACCUCUGCCAAACCUACUGAGCAUGUGGAGAGGCUUGAAUGUGAACUGUGCAGACAGUUCAGGGUACACACCCCUCCACCACGCAUCACUGAACGGACACAGAGACGUGGUGUUGAAGUUGCUCCAGUUUGAAGCCUCCACCAAUGUGGCUGACAGUAAGGGCUGCUUCCCCUUGCACCUGGCCGCCUGGCGUGGAGACGUAGACAUCGUCCGUAUCCUCGUCCACCACGGGCCCUCACACUGCCGCGUCAACCAGCAGGUGACAACACACUGUUCUAAGCUGACAGACCCCACCAUGAGGAACAUCCUACUGCAGGAGCUGACAGACCCCACCAUGAGGAACAGCCGCGACGAGACGCCCCUGGACCUGGCUGCACUCUACGGACGACUUCAGGUGGUCUGUAUGUUGGUGACCGCCCACCCCAACCUGAUGAGCAGCCACGGGACAAGGCGCCACACGCCCCUGCACCUGGCCGCCCGCAACGGGCACCAUUCAGCCGUGCACACCCUGCUGGAGGCCGGCAUGGACGUCAACUCCCAGACGGAGAAUGGCAGUGCUCUCCACGAGGCAGCUCUCUAUGGGAAGAUGGAUGUGGUUCGUCUGCUGCUAGACUCAGGUAUUGAUGCCAACAUCACAGACUGCCAGGGAAGGACAGCUCUGGAGAUCCUCAGAGAACACCCCGCACAGAAGUCCCAGCAAAUCACUGCACUCAUGCAAGAAUAUAUGAUGGAGGAGAUGAUGGACAAUAAGAGUGUGUUGAUGGAGGAACCUAUUUGCCAGUGUCCUGUCCCCACACCUCGCACAUCUAUCCCCUCUCCCUCCGUCCCCUCCCUCAGGCACAAAAAUGAUGCUGUGACAGGGGAGCUCUCCAAGCUGCUAAAUGAGAUGAAGAUGUGUCGGGACAGAGACUACUCCUUUGAGGAGCUCUGCCAGACCAUCUCAUCCCACUCUCAUUCCAUGGAGAGCUUUGGCAGCGGUCACCUAUCAGACGAGGAGCGACGCAGUAACGGCACCCUGAGCAGAGUCAGAAAGCGGCCCACUCCCCCACUUCCCCCAGCCCAGGAGGAAGAGGAGGGGGAGAAGAGCUGUGGCCCUGCUGGGUUCUGGGAGGCCCUCACACCCUGCAACGGUUGUCACAACCUUGGCUUCUCCAGCGUGUCACAGAACUCGAAGCGCUCGGCAGAGAUCGUACCAUCGCCCUCCCUUGACGUGUUCUUACCGGAGGAUGAGGACAAUCCGUAUGAGUCCGUCACCACCGCCGUGACCCGCAAGCCCUGCUCGCUGGACAUCGGCCUCUUCAACGCCUGCCCCCUCAACGGCCACUCUCCCCAGGUGAUGGUGACUGAGCCGGAGCUGUGUAACCAUAGGAACAGCUCCUCACCGACGGGGCCUACUCCAGACUGCUCUCCCCCCUCCCCAGACACUGCCCUGAAGAGCAUUGACAGAGUCAUCCGCCCACAGCCCAAACAGCGGACCUCCAUCUCCUCCUCCCUGGAUGUCCAGAACCAGAGGCCAGUCAACCACAGCUGUGAUCCCUCCGAGGUGAGCUCGUCCCUGGGCUACGCCAGCUUCAGCACCAGCCCCCCUGCCAGCCCGCCAGUCAGCCCCAACCAGGACUCACUUGGCUCCAACGACGACUGCCCCCCCACAGACGACGGGCCGUACCAGCAGAACCCUCCCCCCGCCUCUUCCAAUACACUCCUACUACCAGACGACCGACGACAGAGCCUCGUCCCUGUAGAGUUCGCCGGCCUCCUCCACGGCUCCUCGCCAGCCUGCGAGACGCCCGACACACCCUACCACCUCUACACCUCCAACACCAACCCCAAAGCCCGAAAACACACCCCCCCAGACCCCCACACCAGCCCGGUAACCACCCUCGGUAACCAUGGCAACCUCACUUCGGUAACCCAGACCCCUGAAUUAGGAAUUGGACUGCCACCGCCCCUCAUUAUCCCUCACACAGGAAACGAGGCGAAGGCUCUGAAGACCCCCAAAGACCCCAUCAAAGACGACAGACCCCCCAAACCUCAGGUAGUCUAUCGCACCAUCUUCCACACCCGGGUUAACCAGAACCCCCAGAGCGUCUUGCCCUCCUCCUCCUCGCCAUAUGGUUGGAACGGGGAGGCGGUGGUGGUGAGGGGGGGUGUGUCGGGAGCUGGCGGACCUAGGGAGGGGGCACCGGGGUCUGGGUACGAGGACAGGGCCUUUACCCUGGGCAGGAUGAGAUCCAUACCUCGCAGUGUGCUGGAUCUAAAGCUCUCCAAGUCACUGUCCAAGUCUGACUCCAACCUGGUGGCUGUGUCACCCAUACAGGAGGAGUACCACUGGGGGUCGGGGGCCAGGGGCCAGGGGCCGAGAGGAAGCCCUAGCCCAGGGGACACCACCAGUCCUGGGGGCCAGCUAGAGAGAACACCCUCCUUCACUGCUGAAUGGGAGGAGAUUGAUAAGAUAAUGAGCUCCAUUGGGGCUGGCAUCAGCACUGGCACGAGCUCAGAAGGGAUCAAGGAGAAUAAUGCAGGUCCCCGGUGCCCCAUGCAGUCUGUGGGCCAAUGGCUGGACAGCAUUGGACUGGUCCAAUACGAGAACCACCUACUGGCUAACGGCUUCGACAACGUGCAGUUUAUGGGCAGUAACGUGGUGGAGGACCAGGACCUGCUGGAGAUCGGGAUCCUCAACUCAGCCCACAGACAGAGGCUGCUACAGGCCAUACGCCUUCUGCCCAGGGUGCGUCCUAUUGGUUAUGACGGUAACAACCCCACGUCAGUGGCUGAGUGGCUGGAGUCUCUGGAGCUGGGAGACUACACUAAGUCCUUCCUCAUCAACGGAUACACCUCCAUGGAACUGGUCAAGAAGAUCUGGGAGAUAGAACUCAUCAAUGUGUUGAAGGUCAGUCUGAUAGGACACAGGAAGAGAAUCCUGGCCUCGCUGGGAGACAGGCUUCACCAAGACCCUCCACAGAAACCCCCACGGGCCAUCUCCCUACGGGAGCCCGGUGGCUGCAACACCCCUCCCCAGAUCCUUCCGGGCCAGGCUGCGUACACCACAGCGGGUGUCCCAGGGGGCUCGUUGGACGUGCAGCACCUCAUCAUGCAGGCGGACGCACGGCGCCGCCAGCGCUCCAACGACAACUACUUAGAGGAGAUGCCUCGCUCCAAACUGGAGCGGCAGAUGGCCCAAGUCAGCAUGCAAGGCGAAUGGUGCGAGCCAAUCACGUUGCGUCCUCCCAACGAGGCCACCUCGUCCACUCCAGUGCAAUACUGGCAGCACCACCCUGAGAAACUCAUCUUCCAGUCGUGUGACUAUGAAGCUUACUACCUGGGCUCCAUGCUGGUGAAAGAGCUGAGAGGAACAGAGUCAACACAAGACGCCUGCUCCAAGAUGAGGUAA